AUGCCUUCUGUAUUUGCACGUACUUUUGCGGCCCUGAAUGUGAGCAAACCGCCCGCAAUGGUGGACGAUGUCAUCCUUCCAGUAGUCGAUAUAAAGGUUGCUGCAUUUGAGGAUAGCAAUAGUGAAGACAGCAAUAGUGAAGAUGACGACGCACUAGUACUCAGGUGUAUAACAAACACAGAACGUAUUUCCACACCCGAACUCUCCCCAAAACCAUCCAUCUCGAUAUUUAAAGCUGCUGAAGAAGGCGACGUGGCUGCCCUUGCUUACUACAUCGAACACGCCUCACCAAACCCUUCGACCCUUCUUAAUACGCGAGACCCUGAUACAGACUGUACUCUUCUCCAUCUUGUUGUAUCUCAUGUCAGCAACCCUCUUACUGCCCUCAGGCUACUUUUGUCCAAUGGUGCAGAUGUCUCUGCUCGCAACGUAUAUAAUGUACAGGCUAUUCAUAUGCUCUUACUCAACUGCCGUUCUCCUUUAUCUUCUCUGACGGUUCUGCUAGAGCACAAGGCAAACCCCAACGCGCGAGACGGUGAUGGCUGGACACCUAUGCACUACUGCGCCCGGUUCUGUGAUCCAUCUUUACCAAUUCUGCAAACCUUGGUUGAACGAGGCGGAAACAUCAAUGCGGUUGAUGCCAGUCAAAAAUCACCUGUCUUUGGCUUGUUAGCUCACGGAGAUCACGCCGAGACAUUGGACUGGAUGAUUCACCAAGCCAAGGCUGACUUAACCAUCAAGGGAGACUUUUUAGAUCCAAAGUCUCGAAAGACUAACAAAGGCUCAAUUGUCAUGCAAGCGGCAAAAUAUGGUCGACUUGAUUGCCUAAUGAUGCUCGUUCAUUCUACAGUUUCAAUGCAGAUGCUCCGCAGUAUUUUAGAUCGCCAAGAACUAAACUAUUGUAUUCAGCUUGUGCAAGAUCAGAUCAAUUCCAGAGAUUCUAGUGUCAAACAUGGUCGACUUGAAACAGUAAUGGAAACUCUACAGUCAUUGUUACAUUCCCUUGAAUGUGAUCCAGAAUCUGCAAUUCAACCUGCUCAAUCUAUUUUGCUUUCCGAGAAUGAAACUGACAAACCACGGAAGCAAAAGGCGUUUUUGAAGCGUAUGAGCAAUAUUUUCAAACCAAAGAAAUAA